CACGCAUAAUGCUCAAUGGAAAAGCACCCGUUGUUGGUAUGUUGGUCACCCUGCUUUCCACCACUUGUAAUUCCUCUUCUACCCGUUUGCGAUCUUUUCUUGCUGCGAGAGAUCUGCUCCAACAUGGCAAAAGUGAAGUGUUCCGAGUUAAGGACCAAAGAUAAGCGGGAGCUGAUGAAACAGCUCGAUCAGCUUAAAACAGAAUUGACCACCUUACGAGUGGCCAAGGUGACCGGAGGAGCUGCAUCCAAGUUGUCCAAGAUUCGUGUUGUGAGGAAGGCUAUUGCACGAGUGUACAUUAUUAUGCACCAGAAGCAAAAGGGAAACCUACGCCUGCUUUACAAGAAUAAAAAGUACAAGCCUCUUGACCUGAGGCCCAAGAAAACGAGGGCGAUGCGCCGUGUUCUCACCCCCUACCAAGUCAGCAGGAAGACACUGAAGGACAUACGCAAGCGCUCUGCGUUCCCGCAGAGGAAGUAUGCUUUGAAAGCAUAGUAUGUAUGUUUUUAAUUACUAUUCGAAAUAAAAACUUCACUAAAA